CCUAGGCACCACACGCGGCGAUCCGCCGGCUGCGUAGUUGUGACGUCGUCUUUUUUGGUGUUCGCCGUCGGGCCCAACGUGUGACAGAGUGAACCGAGAGUCGCCCGGCGUGAGGGGGGUCCGUCAUUUAGGAUGCCGAAGGCUGGACGUGUGGCGCGUUAUUCUCCGUAAUGUUGCUGUUUCAGUGACGUUAACGUGUAUUUGAAUACUACAACAAUAACGGUCGUGUCUGGCUAACGUAACGUCAGCCACGCACAAUGUUUCGGCGGACGAAGACGGCGUUCCAGAAACUUCGACGUCUCAGUUCAAAUGGACACCAGCAUACGUGGAGGCCCAGAAGCAUUUCGGCAAAGGAGAGGGCUCCUCAGUACCAUGCCUCAGCAAGGGAGAGGGCUCUUCAGUACCAACCUGGGCAGAAGAUCCACGGUUUCACUGUCAAAGAGGUUGUCCCAGUCCCUGACCUGUUCCUCACUGCAGUCAGGCUGACUCAUGAUAAAACAGGAGCUCAGUACCUGCAUGCCGCGAGGGAUGACUCCAACAAUCUCUUCAGUGUUCAGUUCAGGACCACCCCCAUGGACAGUACCGGGGUCCCACACAUCUUAGAGCACACGGUGCUGUGUGGCUCUGAGAGGUACCCCUGCCGAGACCCCUUCUUUAAGAUGCUCAACAGGUCUCUGUCCACCUUCAUGAACGCCUUCACAGCCAGUGACUACACGAUGUAUCCCUUCUCAACCCAAAACGGGAAGGACUUCCAGAAUCUUCUCUCCGUCUACCUGGACGCUGUAUUCUUCCCUUGUCUGAGAGAGCAAGAUUUCUGGCAGGAGGGCUGGAGGCUGGAGAAUGAAAUCCCAACUGAUCCCACCUCGCCGCUGGUGUUUAAAGGAGUGGUGUUCAACGAAAUGAAGGGGGCAUUUUCGGACAAUGAGCAGUUGUAUGCCCAGCACCUGCAGAACAAGCUGUUUCCAGAUCACACUUACUCGGUGGUGUCUGGAGGAGAACCUCUUGCCAUCCCCGACCUCUCCUGGGAACAACUCAAACACUUCCAUGCUACACACUACCAUCCCAGCAACGCCAGGUUCUUCACUUAUGGGGACCUUCCCCUAGACGAGCACCUGAAGCAGAUUGAAGAUGAGGCCCUGUCCAGGUUUGACCGGACCGAGCCCAACACCCAAGUUCCCCCCCAGCCGCACUGGACCAGCCCUAGAGAGGAGCAUGUGACCUGCAGCCCUGAUGCUAUGGCCCCGGACCCCGCAAAGCAGAACACACUGUGUAUAAGCUACCUGUUGGGAGACAUCACAGACACGUUUGAAGCCUUCACUCUCAGCCUGCUGUCCUCCCUGAUGAUCUCUGGACCAAACUCCCCCUUCUACAAGGCUCUAAUCGAACCCAAGCUAGGAACGGACUUCUCCUCUGUCGUAGGGUAUGACGGCAGCACCAAAGAGGCGUCGUUCAGCGUCGGCCUGCAGGGGAUGGCUGAGGAGGACAUGGAGAGAGUCAAACAGAUCAUCAACCAAACCAUCGAUGACAUCAUUGUGAACGGCUUUGAGGAGGAGAGGAUCGAAGCUCUUCUCCAUAAGAUUGAGAUCCAGAUGAAGCACCAGUCCACCAGCUUCGGCCUGACUUUGGCCUCGUACAUAGCUUCCUGUUGGAACCACGAUGGAGACCCCGUGCACCUGCUGCAGAUCAGCGACAGUGUGUCCAAGUUCAGACAGGCUCUGAAGGAGAACCCUCGCUUCCUCCAGGAUAAAGUCCAGCGCUACUUCAAGGAGAACACCCACAGGCUGACCCUGUCCAUGAGCCCAAAUGAGGCCUACCUGGAGAAUCAGGCUAAGGCCGAAGAGGAGAAGCUCCAGCAGAAGAUUCAGUCGCUCUCUGACAGUGACAGGAGGGACGUCUAUGAGAAAGGUUUGGAGCUGCUGGCUGCACAGAGUAAGACUCAGGAUGCCUCCUGUCUGCCUGCCCUCAUGGUGUCUGACAUCGAACCAACCAUACCCAUCACACCUGUUGAGAUGGGCACAGCAGGCAGGAUUCCUGUGCAGUACUGUGAGCAGCCCACCAAUGGGAUGGUAUAUUUCAGAGCCAUGUGCAGCCUGAACACUCUCCCAGAGGAUCUCAAGAUCUACGCCCCGCUGUUCUGCAGCGUCAUCACAAAGAUGGGCUGUGGCUCUCUGGACUACCGGCAGCAGGCCCAGCAGAUCGACCUGAAGACUGGGGGCAUGUCCAUCUCCACUCAAGUCAUCCCUGACUCCGCCCAGCUGGACAUGUACGAACAGGGGGUCCUCCUCUUCUCCUCCUGUCUGGAGCGAAACCUUCCGGAUAUGCUUCAUCUGUGGAGCAGCAUCUUCAACAGCCCACACUUCGAUGACGAGGAGCGUCUGCGGGUGCUUGUGAUGAUGUCAGCGCAGGAGCUGGCCAAUGGAAUUUCAUACUCUGGUCACAUGUAUGCUAUGACCCGUGCGGGGCGGAGCCUGAGCCCAGCGGGAGAGCUGCACGAGAUGUUUGGAGGGAUGGAACAGGUGAAGUUUAUGAAGAGGAUAGCAGAGAUGUCCGACCUCGGUCCAGUCCUCCGAUCUCUCCCCAGGAUCAAGAAACACCUCCUCAACCCGGAGGGCAUGAGAUGUGCUGUCAACGCAACGCCGCAGAAAAUGUCUGACGUGGCGACGCGGCUGGACGGGUUCAUGAAGGAUAUCGCCUGCAACAGGAAAGACCGCAAAGUGGUCCGACCUCACAUCAUCGAGAGACAGUUCGACCCCUCAGCCGCCGCUGGAUCUGGGCCGAGCAGGAAACUCAUUUCUGAGCCCAGUUUUCACCCCUGUCAGAUGAAGACCUUCUUCCCAAUGCCCUUCCCCAUCAACUUUGUCAGCGAGUGCGUGCGGACCGUCCCGUUUGUCCACGAGGACUACGCCAGUCUGUGUGUCUUGGCAAGAAUGAUGACAGCCAAGUUCCUCCAUGGUGAGAUCCGGGAGAAGGGCGGAGCCUAUGGAGGCGGGGCCAGGAUGGGAGGGGGCGGGCUCUUCUCCUUCUACUCCUACAGGGAUCCCAACUCGGUGCAGACGCUGUCAGCUUUCCGUAAAGGAGUGGACUGGGCCCGCACGGGUCAGUUCAGCCAGCAGGACAUUGAUGAAGCCAAGCUGUCGGUUUUCUCCGCCGUGGACUCCCCCGUGGCGCCCGCCGACAAAGGGAUGAGUCGCUUCUUAAGCGGCAUCACAGACGAGAUGAAGCAGAGCCACAGAGAGAGACUCUUCACCGUCACCGACAAGAACCUCCAGGAUGUUGCAGGAAGGUACCUCGGCGUUGGCCAGAGGACGUGCGGAGUCGCCAUUUUGGGCCCAGAGAAUGAAACUGUCAAGAAAGAUCCUUCGUGGAUAGUGAAGUAAAAACAUUUUCUAUACAACUUUUUUUUUUUUGUCUGCCUUUCAAAAAUACCAUACGCACAACUCGAAGACGGACGUGUUGUUAGAACGAAAUGCAGCCUGGCCUCACAUAAACCUCAUCUGAUACACGUCACUUUACCUUCUCUUUAUUGUCUGGCACAGAACUGUAACCGUGUGCUGCAGGGGUGUUGGCGUUGUGUAUUUUUUUGAAAAUGUGAAUCUAAGUUUUUAAAUGUAACACAACCAUU